GCAAAGUCUCCCGGUCUGGGCGCCGCGGGAGUGGGGCGAGAUGGGCGCGAUGGGCGCGCUGGGCCGGGGCCUGCUGUGGCUGCAGCUCUGCGCGCUCACGCGAGCCACCUACAAACUCUGGGUCCCCAACACGGACUUCGACGUCGCCGCCAACUGGAACCGGACCCCGUGCGCGGGCGGCGCACUCGCCUUCCCAGCGGACAAGAUGGUGUCGGUCCUGGUGCGCGGAGCCCACGCCGUCUCCCACCUGCUCUUGCCGCUGGAUGGGGAACUCGUCCUGGCUCCGGGAGCAGAAUUCAGCGCCUCGGACACCGGCGCGGACCCGGACUGUAGCUCAGCCUGGCGCCUGGCCUCUUCUCCGUGGACGCCGAGCGCGUGCCAUGCCUCCACGACGACGUCUUAUUUCCCCCCGACGCCUCCUUCCGCGUGGGGCUCGGCGCCGGCGCCAACCCGGCGCGCGUCCGCAGCGUAUCUGCUCUGGGCCAGAAGUUCACGCGCAACGAAGACCUGGCCGCCUUCUUGGCGUCCCGCACGGGCCGCCUGCGCUUCCACGGGCCGGGCACGCUGAGCGUGAGCCCCGAAGCCUGCGACGACCCGUCCGGCUGCGCCUGCGGCAACGCUGAGCCAUAGUGUCGCUGACCUACAAUCACACGUUUGAUCUGGAGCAGUACCAGGAGCGGCUGCUGGAUGCGUUCCUGGCCUCGCCCCAGUACCAGGGGCUGCAGGUGGCCGCGUCCAAGGUGCCGCGCGCGA